AUGUCGGACAUAUUCCGACCACUUUUUCGAUCUGUGGAAGGUCGCGAACAGGCGCGAGCAAUUGCGCAAGGCCCAGAAGUCAGUAAUCUUGCAUCACGCGAAUCAAACACCUGCGAUCUUGAGAUCUUUGCGGCACAGAGGAUUAGACUGACCGACUCGGCAUCGAUUCUUCUCAGGACCUUCCGCGAACGACGAGACCAAUAUCUUCGCGUCUUGGAGAAGUCCGUCAGACGCCUGCAGGUUACCGAAGCAAGAUUGCAGAACGAAGUCAACCACCUCGAGCAGGAGCUCGCUGCAACGAAAAGCAAACUCGCGCAAUGCGAGGCCGAGCUGCGCAAGACGACCCAGGCGACGCACUACGACUCCCCCUACUUCGGCAAGAGCGGGUAUGCGUCUGGCUCCGGAGAAUUCAAUCUCGCAUCUGAGAUGCGCGGCGUAGCAAGGCCGGCCUACCUCUCACCUCCCAAUGGCAGUGGUGGGAGUGGAGCUGGGGCAUCCAGCAACAGCAACUCCUCCUCUGGGACUCUUGUCUGGAUCGAAACGCAAAAUGGCCAGCCUGUUCAGAUGCAUGUCCAGCAGAAGCAAGAAUUUGGUUUUCUGCCGGCCAGUAGUGGGAAGAAUGUUCACAUUAGCGCGCCAUUGCCAGCCUCGGCCUCUUCAGGCCAAGGUAGAAACGCGACUGCGAUAUACGUGGCUCAGCUCGACGCCGUCGUCGUCGCGAUGGAAUUUGUGCUCAAGUACGUGAGAGUGCUAGGCGCCGUCCUCAUCUCCACAUGA